UUCCCGACCAGGGCGCGCGCGGCACCGACACGUGUAUCCAACAUGGCGUCYAACAUGGCGGUCUCUAAGGAAUUUUCAUUUUUUCUAUUCUUUCUUCCUUUUUUCUUCUUUAAAACCACCUCUAGCCUAACGGUACGAGGAGUAGCUUUAACCAAGCUUCCAUUAUAUGAUAGUUCUAAAGACUUUACUUGUUUAGAUGGUUCAUUAACUAUUCCUUUUGCUAGUGUAAAUGAUGAUUUUUGUGACUGUAACGAUGGCUCUGAUGAACCAGGUACAGCAGCAUGUCCCAAUGGAUUUUUCCAUUGUACAAAUGCUGGCUUUAGACCCAGAAAUAUUCCUUCGUCAAGAAUAAAUGAUGGUAUAUGUGAUUGCUGUGAUGGUAGCGAUGAAUAUGCUGGUUUAAAUAAUUGUYCUAAUAAUUGCAAAGAACUGUACAAAGAAGAUUAUGAAAAAAGAAAGCAAGAAAUUCAGUUUGCUAAACAGGGUCUAGCUAAGAAACAAGAACACAUUGAGGAGGGAAAGCAGAAGAAAGCAGAGAGAAAGCAAAAAGUGGAGGAACUUAGAGUGCAGCUUGAUGAAAAAACAAAAGCAUUGGAGGAAUUGAAAGUUGCCAAGGAAACAGCAGAAGCUGAAGAAAAAGAAUUGAAAGAUAAACAUGAGAAGGCAUGGGAAGAAAAGAAGGCUGAGAUUCUUGCUGAGMGAGAGAAAACUGCAGCCCAAGCAGCUUUCACCACCUUAGAUAUUGAUGAAAGUGACAGUGUUGCAGUGAAUGAAAUCAUGGACACAAAACACCUUGAUAAAGAAUACACAGCAGAAGAAGCCAAGUCAGAACCACCAAUAGAACCUCCUCCUGCACCUCCAUCAAUYGAUGACACCAUUGAAGACAACCCUGAUGUUCCUGAUGUUGAUGGAGAUGAUGAUGAAGAUGAUGAGGAAGAUGACAAAAUACAAGAACCAGAAAAACCAACUCCUCCACCUGCUGAUGAAUCUGAAGAGGAAUUGAAAAUGCCUGAGUUUGAUGAAGAAACAAAGGCGAAGAUUGAAGCUGCUGACAAAGCAAGAAAAGAAUAUGAUGAAGUAGAAACUGAAAAGAGAAAUAUUGAAAACGAAAUAAGUGAUAUUGAUAAAAUGUUGAAUAUUGACUUUGGUGAGCAUGAUGAGUUCUCUCCUCUAACUGGCAAGUGCUUUGACUACAUUGACAGAGAAUACCUUUAUAAACUGUGUCCAUUUGAAAAAGCAUCUCAACAACCAAAAGAUGGCGGCAGUGAGACGUCACUUGGGAAUUGGGGUCACUGGUCUGGUGAAGGUGACAAGUAUACUAGAAUGAAGUACACAGGYGGUCAAAACUGCUGGAAUGGUCCUGAUAGAUCCACUGAGGUUAUCAUGUCCUGUGGCAGUGACAAUCAGUUAAUAAGUGUCACAGAACCCAGUCGAUGUGAAUAUAGAAUGGAGUUUAAAACUCCUUCAAUGUGCCAAGACCAUCAUACUGUCCACACCGACCAUCAAGAAUUAUAAUGCAAUAUGUUUGCAAUAACCACAAUCAACCAAAUUCUCCAUUUUAUACUUGAAAAUUAAAACUGAAUUGGAAAAUAUGUAACUAACUAUAGAUAGAACUUUUAAAAUUUUGUACAAUUUGUUCUUGUCAAGUUUUCAAAAGCACAAAAUAUGCAGAAGUCAAAAGGAAAAUAUGAAUACUUAUUUGCAUGUGACGCACAAAAGAUACUUUAGUAGAAUACAAAACAAAAACUUGCUUGCAUGAGGUGCAGUGAAGGUUAUUCUUGCCAACAAAUUAGAUCAGGAACUGUGAUCAGUAGCAAUCUUGAAUAAYGGGUUACAUACCUUACAAGAUAUUCUUGAAACACCUGCCCAUCUAUUUGUCGUUUCAUCUACAGUUAAUAUUAUUCCUUAUACUGUAUGAUUUAUUUGUUUGCAAUGAAAGUAAAUUAUUUGCUGAUAUCAA